ACUCCAUUGUGUCGGGACUUAAGAUUAAAGGGAUCUAGGUUGUGUACACUAGACAGUGCGCUCUGGUCUCAUUAUCUUGAUCCUGCGUACGUUUGUGGUUUGGUGACAGCUAAUCAAUGAUGUAUCAAGAGAGUACGGGCUCAUCGUUCAAUGUCCCAUUGUCCACCAAGCAAGCAGCCCAAGCCUGAAUGAUACUACUGUUUUCUGUGGUUUUGUAGCGGUCUGUUGCCUACUUAAGAAGAUCGGACCUGGCCCUGUGAUUAAGCCACACACCCUCAGUUCCCUUUCGCAAGCAACAAGAUGCCUGCAAAGAUCGAUACUGAACUUAACUUGCGAUUUUUGUACAUCUGCUUCAAGCAUUCCAACUUCAGCACGGUUGACUUCCAUGAAGUCGCUUCCUAUUUCCAAAUCAAAGCUCCAGCUGCUCGUAUGCGUUUGAUGCGUCUCCGCCAGGCCCUUGAGGCAGAGUCCAGCAGGGAAGGCUUCAGAGAGAGGGAUAGAAGGCGUAAACUCAACCCAUUCAAAGCCAAGGACAAAUCUUACGCACUUGACGGCGAAGAUGAUGACGACGAGACCUUGGACGACAUGCCGUUGAUGCAACGUCUCCACGCCCGCAUGAUGCGUGUCAAGCGCGAGGAUGGACUCAUGAUCAAGAAUGAAGAUGGAACUUUGAUCAAGGAUGAAGAUACCGCAAUGAUCAAGAGUGAGGACGUUGCUCUCUGGGGGAAGAAAGAGGGAGACCUGGACGACCAAGAUGAGACGAAGAUGACCGGCAUCGACUCCCGCGAUCUUCAUCGCACCUCCUUCAAGAGCGAGGUCAAUGACUCUCAUCUCAGCUUGAAGGGCCAACCUACAUCGCAGGAGGUGUUCAAGUCCGGGUUUGUCAAGAUGGAGCUUGAUACGAUUGAUACCAAGCGUCAAGCCUUCGGUCACGGCAAACAACAGUCGCCAGCCCCUUCUGCUAACACUGGCCUGUUCAACUUCUGCGCCUAUGGCCAUGCAAACACCUCUGGUCCUCCCAUUCAAAAUCACGAUAGCAGUCUCAAACCGGAAAGCACCAACACUAAUGGUCACUUUUUGCACAACUACAGCUCGCAUGCGCACUCUCAUCCUGACGUCUUGAACCCAUUCGCACAAGUAAAGCCAGAGAGCACACACGACAACACUCAGAUGACAACUCCCUCUGGUCUCAGCUCGCCUUUCCGUCUAGACGCAUUCAAUACUACUCUGGCCAACUCCCUUACUCUUGGAGAUGAUGUUGGGCCUAAGCCAGAGUACGCUGAGUCUCUUUUCGGCUCGCCACACAUCAAGGAUGACACCGGCCUCUGAGACUGUGUCUGAACAUUUAGUUACCUUGGUCGUCCAACAUCCACCAUUCUCUUCGGCCUGACAAACUUUGAUGACGUUGUUGGCAUUUGUGGGUUAGCUUAAGAGACAAUGUGACCAGUCAACGUAUUAUUGCUACCAUGA